GUCGUCACUGAAGUUUCCUGAUCCGCUGCUGCAGACGAGCUGUGCGCCACAAAACACCCAGCGGCUCCAAAGACAGGAAGAAAAGAAUGCUUCAUAUUCGGAUCUCACAGUUGGAAUGUUUUCAGCGUGGAGACACAGAUGGACAGAUGGAGGAAUGAAGGGUAAAAACACAGAAACACUGCCUGGACAUCAAACCGGGAAGCGCAGGAGGACGGCGCAGUGAGGACAGAUCUCCCAGAGAGGCUUCAGAGCAGAUCGGAAGCUCAGCUGGACAGAGAGACUGAAAGGAGUAGAAGAAGAAAAAAAAGGAAAGAAGAAGAAGAGAAAGAGAGGAGGGAAAAUGUUUAAAGUUAAGCUGUGUUGUCUGCAAGUCUGCCGACCCCACAACAGCUGCAGCAAAUGAGCAUGAAUUGAACGAAGGAUGAAUGUGGUUUGGGAUUUAUCUGUGAUUUUGCAAACAUUCAUCAUCUGCACGGCGUCAGCUCAGCCUAUUGCAUCCAAGCUUGAUGAGGAUUGGUGGUCGUAUAAGGACCUUGUCCAGGGAAGCUUCGUUCCAGUCCCAUCCUUCUGGGGUCUGGUGCACUCAGCCUGGAACCUGUGCGCCAUCGGGAAGCGGCAGUCCCCCAUCGACAUCGAGACCAGUCACUUGAUCUUCGACCCCUAUUUGACCCCUUUGAGGCUCAACACGGGAGGACGAAAGGGCUUCUGUAAGUACAUCUGA